AAAAGCCCCUAAACUUCCUCCCGAAGAAAUCGCCCAAAUUUAUUCUUCAUGAAAUCGACGCUUCCAAUGAAAUCCCGCUCCGCUCCUCUCCUCCUCCUCCUUCUCCUCCCGGCGAUGGUGGCCGCCGUCGCCGUGGCCGCCCGGAAGGGGCCUCUGGUCGGCGGCUGGACGCCGAUUACGGACGUGAAGGAUCCGCACGUUCAAGAGAUCGGGAAGUUCGCGGUGGCGGCGUACAACACGCAAUCGAAAGGAGCGAUCAAAUUCGAUCGCGUGGAGAGCGGCGAAACGCAGGUGGUGUCCGGAACGAACUACCGGCUCGUGGUGGUGGCGAAGGACGGCGGCGGUUCGACGGCGAAGUACCAGGCGAUCGUGUGGGAGAAGCCAUGGGAGAAUUUCAAGAAACUUACGUCUUUCAAGCCGGUCGCCAAUUGACGAGGGGAUCAGUUCAAGUUUCAAGCCCUAAUUUGAGGUUUCUUCUUCCGAUCAUGGUGAUUUGUGGCUUCUGGAGUUUGGUUGUGUGUUAAAUUUUAGUAAUCGUUAAAAUAAAAUUGCAUUAUGCAUUGCAAUUUCUGGGAAAAUCGGCUUCUCGAUUCUGUUUUCUUUGUCAGUGGAUCUCUUUUUUCUCGAACAACGGAUCUUGUUAUCUUAUCUCAAAUUGGGGCAAUAGGUUAUGGGUCCCAUUGUUAUUUUAUAUUAGAAAUUAUGAAAAACUAUUAAUAUAUCGGCUUCUGUGAA